GAACCAGAUCACACACAGAUGUCAAUGUUUACGACACCACGGAAGAUCCCCGGGCAGACCGACUACGACGAGGAGGAACAUGUUGCUGACCUGAAGUCCCCCCGGGCAACCAUAGGCUUGACUGAGCCCCACUGUGGUCUCGCAUCAAAACCAGAAUCAGAAGGAAAGAGGCGAGCUUCUCCAAUGGAAUCCUCACCAAUCAACAACCGAUCGUCCCGAGGAGAUGAAAUUUACGAGGAAAUGUAUAACGACUUCAUCCAGAUGAAAAGGCAGUACGAGGUUUUGUACCAGCGUGCAUCUAGUCGCCCCACUGUCCCCCGGGACCCUAUACGCGAGAUCAUGGACAUACUUGACGAUCUCAUCGGGAGCUUGGAGUCUGGGAUUCCUAUUUUUGAGCGUGUGAUUACGUCACCGACAAGAAUCGGGAACGAAUGCUCCUGAAAAUGCCGGACGGGAAGCGACGGCAAUGGCUAACUUCUUUUAUUUAGAGAGACGGGAUUAUUAUGUUGGAGUGACGGUGUGGCUCGCCGGUGAUGGCGUUGGGCGGUGGGUGGGCGCUUUCUUCAGGAAAGCGGGAGUUGGAGGAUGGUGCGGGUUGUAAACCGUGGGCGUAAUGGUCUUGUGAAUAUGUGGUCAUGUGUUGUUUUAUUUCGGCAUGUGUUUUUGUGUUGUAUUUAAUCCUUGUGAAU